AGCAUCAAUUUUGUAUAAGAUUUCUUUUUACGUAAGUAAUCAUCAUUUUAUAUUCCCACAAGUUUUAACAAUCAUCUUUGCUCAAUUGUAUGGUGACAUUAUUUAAGAAAGAUUUGGAAAAGAGGAUCGCCAUCAGCUAUAACAUCGUAUGGCCAAUAGCCGAGUUUGCAGUGGAUGCUCUAAAAAACACUGAUUUCUCUUUCGUCUGUGGAGAGCAUACUCUGUUUUCUUGCAGCGAAGAGCGCAAGGCUGAUGGUGCAAUUCUGUUUCAAAGUAGCAUAGAAAUCUGCUUGUUGGAAGUUUCUGGCAAGUACAAGCUAAAUGACAUUUCUCGCGUUAGUUACGAUCAUGUGAAAGGCUGCUUUGGCGUGCUGACGAUGCUGAAUGCCAUCAUCAAGAAAUACUAUAAAGCAACAAUCCAUACAUCAAUGACUCUAAAAUCGCUAUUUCUCCAUGCCAGAGGGGAGUGCAUCUUUUUGUGGAGUCUUGAGAUUUGCCACAACAAGCUGUAUGCGUUUCAAAAAGUAUAUCAGACUAAGGUUCCCCUUUCUUUUCAGUAUAAUCUUAUGAUGCGUCCUAUUCUAUAUCCUGCAUCAGAAUAGUUGAUUCGCAAUAAAAAGCAACAAAAAUUAGACGAGCAAGAACAUGACACCCAGGUAGAAAGCUCAAGCUUUAUCAAUUACUAUAUCUUACGAGAUGUUUCAGAUUUAUCGACUGAUUUAUUUGAUCAAGGUUUCUGGUACCGAGUUUGUAGAGUGAUUUAUGGCCGUUUAACAAUAGAAACAUCACAGCAAUAUUACCCUAGACUGUGUCAUCUUCAAGCAAUAUAUAC